AUGGAAUACGAUACAUUCACACGACACAAACUACCAGUCAUUGGUGUGAUAGGCAACGAUGCAUGUUGGACUCAAAUAGCGCGGGAACAAAUUCCCAUGUUCAACAGCAACGUUGCGGUGGAUCUUAGCCGCACCCGUUACGACGAUGUAGCGGUAGCUCUCGGGGGCUGGGGUACAAUUGUAUCCGCGGAAAAUGUGCAGAACACUGAGGAGCUUUUGGAUGAGGCUCUCAGACAAAGUCAGCAAGGACGCAGUGCACUGUUGAACGUGCUCAUUGGCAAAACAGACUUUAGAGAGGGUUCAAUAUCAGUCUGA